GUUGUUUGUGGUCGGUAAAGUUAUAAAUUUUUGCAUUUUUGCCAAAUUAAAAAAAAAAAAUAUUUUAUUUUGCAUCAACAAUUAAACAAGUUCAAAUAUAUUAAUUAAAAUAUCAAAAUGAAUAUACUCAAUUUACCAAAUGUGAUGUUGAUACAAAUCUUCGAAUUCAUGCCCUACGAAGAAGUGGCCAAGAAACGUCUGAUUUGCAAAAAACUCGAUAUGAUUUGUCAGCACAUUCUAAAUUGUGGUUUCAAUAAAGUUGUAAAACAACACUCACUCAGCCUAAAGAGGAUCAAGGCGUUGCUCCCACGUCGGGAGUCUGAAAGGAGAAAUCAUUGUUUAGCUCGUCAUGCAGACAUACUCACUUGCAUAGAAACGCGCAUUUCUAUGCUGUCAAUGACCUAUUCCAAAUACAUGGAUCUUAAUCUGUGUUGUUUUAUUCCCGGUCGUGUUUUGGAUGAAAUAUUUCGCAUUUUGCGAUUGAUUUCAAAAACAUCCAAACCACUUCGUCCGCAUGAAGUGCUGCAGGAAUUGCGAGAUAUAUCUUCGAUGGCUAUCGAACAUUUCGAUGAAAAAAUCUCACAUUCGUUGAAAAAGUCAUUUGUUGAUAGCAACACAAUGUACUCGAGUAGCUCGACAUCAACAGUUUCGACAACAACUGCCAUUGCAAGUAGCUCCUCGAAGAGUGUUUGUUGCGAUCAAAUGAGACAUAAAGUUAACAUUUUACUUGGACUGCAUCAAACGACAGUUGAGCCUUUACAUUUGUCUGUUCAGACGUCAAAGACGUCCCAGGCUCCGGCUAUUGAAGCACCUCCGACAGCAAUGUCGCAUGCUGAUGGUGGGCAAUGCUGUGAGGAAGCACGUACAACAAUGGCCUACUUCAAGAAAAUGGAACAGGAAUACAAAAAGGGAUUCGUUAAGGUAAAUAGAAUGCUGCAGGUACAGAAUAGUCAAUCUCGUCGUUUAAACCAAAGUUUGACGACAAUUGCUGAAUUAAAAGCACAAGUUAUUGAACUCAAGAAGCGAUUGGAAGACAUGGACGCCAAAAAUCGUGAUUUAUCAGCGAGUAUAAAACAGCUAAAUGGUGAAUCAACGGCGCCAAGUACACCUCAAUCAUCGGCUAACGCUCAAGAGUUUACAAAUGCAGACGUUACAACCGAUAUAACGUCACAUGACAACACCACCACUGCCAAUCCCAUAGAUGACCCUUCAACAACAACUGUUAAACGCCCCCUUGUUGAACCACCUUUAGAAGAAGAAAAUUCUUCUAUUAGCACAAGCCUUAACAUAGCCAAAAAAGCUAAAGUUGAAUAAGCCUUACGAGUUACACUUUUUGCGUAUGUCAUUUGGACGUACUUAACCAUAAUGCUGCUAAAAAUUAAAAAAACAUUUUUUAAAACUGCUAGGAUUUUUUCCUUCUUACAUUUAGACGCUAGUGAUUUAUUUAUGUUAUAAAUAUGCCUUAGACGAGUGAGAGAAAUUUGCGAGAGUUAUUUUAAUGGUUGCUGUUGUACAAAAUAAAUUAAACAAAAAAAAAACAAAAAA